AUGGCAGAGGAGCCGCAGCCACAGGCCGCCGCCGCGGCCACGGAGGUGGUCGUCGCCGAGAAGGCGCCGGCGGAGGUGGAGAAGAAGGCCGAGGAGCCCGCGGCGGAGGCGGAGGCCGAGGAGGCGGCCGCCGUCGCCGACGACGGGGGCGCCGUCGAGGCCACCGGCUCCUUCAAGGAGGAGAGCAACCUCGUCGCCGACCUGCCUGACCCGGAGAAGAAGGCGCUUGAUGAGUUCAAGGAGCUGAUCGUCGCCGCGCUCGCCGCCGGUGAGUUCAAUCUGCCCCCGCCCCCGCCGCCGCCCAAGGCCAAGACUGAGGCCGCCGCAGAGGAGACCAAGACGGAGGCGCCGGCCAAGGAGGAGGCCAAGGCCGAGGAGCCGGCCAAGGCGGAAGAACCAGCCAAGGAGGAGCCCAAGGCUGAGGAGCCGGCCAAGGAGGAGCCCAAGGCCGAGGCGGCGGCGGAGCCGGCAGCCGAGGAGGCCAAGGCUGAGGUCGCUGCCGAGGCAGCAGCCGAGGAGCCGGCCAAGGAGGCACCCAAGGCCGAGGAGGCCAAGCCGGCCGAGCCAAAGACGGAGGACGAAGCCGUCGUAGCCGCCGAGGAGGGCACCAAGACGGCGGAAGCGGUCGAGGAAGCCGCCGCCGCCGCCGCCGCCACCACAGAGCAGGCACCGGAGGCGGAGGCAGCCGCGCCCGAGCCGGUGUUCAUCUGGGGCGUGCCGCUGGUGGGCGACGACGAGCGCACGGACGCGGUGCUGCUCAAGUUCCUGCGCGCGCGGGAGUUCAAGGUGAAGGAGGCGAUGGCGAUGCUCCGGUCCGCCGUGCUGUGGCGGAAGCGCUUCGGCAUCGAGUCGCUCCUGGAGGCGGACCUGGCGUUCCCGGAGCUGGAGAAGGUGGUGUUCUACCGCGGCGCGGACCGGGAGGGCCACCCGGUGUGCUACAACGUGUACGGCGAGUUCCAGGACAAGGAGGUGUACGAGAAGGCGUUCGGCGACGAGGAGAAGCGGGAGCGGUUCCUCAAGUGGCGCAUCCAGCUGCUGGAGCGCGGCAUCCUGUCGCAGCUGGACUUCGCGCCCAGCGGCAUCUGCUCCAUGGUGCAGGUCACCGACCUCAAGAACUCGCCGCCCAUGCUCGGCAAGCACCGCGCCGUCACCCGCCAGGCCGUCGCCCUGCUCCAGGACAACUACCCCGAGUUCAUCGCCAAGAAGGUGUUCAUCAACGUGCCAUGGUGGUAUCUGGCUGCCAACAAAAUGAUGAGCCCUUUCCUCACCCAGCGCACCAAGAGCAAGUUCGUGUUCGCCAGCCAGGCCAAGUCACCCGAGACCCUCUUCAGAUACAUCGCGCCCGAGCAAGUCCCCGUCCAAUUCGGAGGCCUCUUCAAGGAAGAUGACCCUGAUUUCACCACCUCCGACUCUGUCACCGAGCUCACUAUCAAAGCUUCAUCCAAAGAAGCCAUCGAGAUCCCUGUCACCGAGAACUCAACGAUUGUAUGGGAGCUGCGGGUGCUGGGCUGGGAGGUGAGCCACGGCGCGGAGUUCACCCCGGACGCCGAGGGCGCGUACACCGUGAUCGUGCAGAAGACGAGGAAGGUCCCCGCGAACGAGGAGCCCAUCAUGAAGGGCAGCUUCAAGGCCGGCGAGGCCGGCAAGAUCGUGCUGACGGUCAGCAACGCGGCGUCGAAGAAGAAGAAGCUCCUCUACAGAUCCAAGGUGAAGAGCAGCGCCGGCGAGUCCCUCUGA